ACUUCCACGGGACUGAGGAGCCGCCGCAGCCAGGAGACGCGACUGAGCGAGCCCGCCGGGUCCCGCGGCUGCUGCCCCCAUCCCCUCAGGGCAGACCGGGCGCCGGGGCCGCUGCGGAGUGAGUCCGGAGCGGCUGAAGUUUAGACCUGCCGCGGGGCGGGGACGCGGAGCCGCAUCCAUCCCCCGGGCCAGGGAGCAUGAAAGUUCCGCUCCGGCCCCGCCGCUGCUUCCGGCUGCGUUUGGCGACAAGGAGCCACUGCCCACUGUGCUGAGAAGCGGCGGCGGUGGGUCCGUGCCGGGCCUGCGGGCUGGGGAGAGACGCCAGCAGCUCCACCGCCGGCCUCUGGGGAUCCCCUCAGAAAGUGCCCGUGGCGCUGACGCCCCCGGUUGGAACUUCGCGAGAAACGAAACUUGAGGGAAAUCGUGAAAAACACUGAAAACUGGAAUAAAAAACAGCUCCCCGAAAUCAGAGGAUCCUGCAAAUACCCCCUCCCCGACUGCGUCACCAGCAGCCUCACAAGGGAAUCACUGGAGAUUUAAUUUUUUAAUGCUUUUGAAAGGAUUUUUGUUCGUGUGUUUCUUGGUUAAAGGCCUUGUAUUUCACCUUGCGGAGUUUGUUUGGGGAGAAGAACAGAGGGGAAAAAAACCUCCUUUCUGCUGGGCAAGACUUGGAGGUGAAACGUUGGUGGCUACUUCUCCAGCUGGGCACUUCUCCCCACCCUACCCCUCGCUUUGUAUGUGUGUGAUUUGUUUUUGGUAUUGAAGCAGUUUGAUUCUUCGCCUAAUACACUUUUUCGUUCAAAUUCACGAUGGAGCCUGGCAAUAUGGACUAUUUCUGUGAUCAGGUACAGCAGAAAGAUGUGAGCCGCAGGAUGCAAAUCGGCCAAGAAUUGCUGGAGUAUCUGGCCGACCCCAGUAGAUCCACUGACCUCGAGCAGGAUCAGCAGCGCCUUGAUAAAGUGAUUGACGAAUUAAUAGGAUGGGUUAACUCUAGUAAUUUUAAGGUGGCGUUAGUUGGAUUAGAUGUCCUAGGUGCCUUUGUUGACAGACUAUCAGGACACUUCAAAUCCUAUGUACCAACUGCUGUUGGUCUAAUAAAAGAUCUUGCCUCACCCACUAUGGCUAGUAGCAGCAGCAGCAGUAGCUUUGGCACAGUCUCUGCAGAAAUAGGAAGAUAUGACUGCAGAGAUUUUAACUUCAGUUUGUGUUUGAAAAGUUUUCUUAGCAUGUAUAAAAAGGCUAGGGAACUCUUUUUAAAGAGAGACAACAUCAUUAGCACAUGUGCUCCAACACUUUCAUCCACCUCUGAAUUAAAGGAUUUGUUUUAUCAGCAACUCAACAGUAUCAUCAGCAAGCUACCACAGUGUAUUUGGGACCGUCUUGCUGUUGGUUUUAAACACAAGAACUACCGAUCCCGAGAAGGAGUGUGUUUGUGUCUCGUUGCAACCUUAAAUAUUUAUGGUGCACAACCAUUAAUCCUCAGCAAGUUGGUACCACACUUAUGUAUCUUGUCUGGAGACUCCAAUAGUCAGGUGAGAGAUGCUGCAUUAUUGGCAAUUGUGGAGAUUUAUAGACAUGUAGGAGAGAAAGUAAGAGCUGACCUUAAUAAGAGGGGAAUUCCCUCUGCAAGGUUACAAGCAAUAUUUGCAAAAUUUGAUGAAGUGAGAGACUCUGGAAAUAUGAUUUUAAGUAACAUCAGUGAUAAAAGCUUUGAUGAUGAGGAGUCAGUGGAUGGAAAUAGGCCAUCGUCAGCUGCCUCAGCUUUCAAGGUUCCUGCACCUAAAAAACUCGGGAAUCCUUCAAACAGUGCAAGAAAACCAGGUUCAGCUGGUGGGCCUAAGGUUGGAGGUGCAUCUAAAGAAGGAGGAGCUGGAGCUGUCGAUGAGGAUGAUUUUAUUAAGGCAUUUACAGAUGUUCCUUCUGUACAGAUCUAUUCCAGUCGAGAGCUUGAAGAAACAUUAAACAAAAUCAGGGAAAUUCUCUCAGAUGAUAAACAUGACUGGGAUCAGCGAGCCAGUGCGCUCAAGAAGGUUCGAUCGCUGCUUGUUGCUGGAGCUGCACAGUAUGAUUGCUUUUUCCAGCAUCUACGGUUGUUGGAUGGAGCUUUUAAAUUAUCAGCUAAGGAUCUCAGAUCCCAGGUGGUUAGAGAAGCAUGCAUUACUGUAGCUCAUCUUUCAACAGUUUUGGGAAACAAGUUUGACCAUGGGGCUGAAGCCAUUGUGCCUACUCUUUUUAAUCUGGUCCCUAACAGCGCCAAAGUUAUGGCAACUUCUGGCUGUGCUGCAAUCAGAUUUGUCAUUCGUCAUACCCAUGUGCCCAGACUAAUACCUUUAAUAACAAGCAACUGUACUUCAAAAUCAGUUGCUGUCAGGAGACGCUCCUUUGAAUUUUUAGACCUGUUACUGCAGGAGUGGCAGACUCAUUCACUGGAAAGGCAUGCAACUGUCUUGGUUGAAACCAUCAAAAAGGGCAUUCACGAUGCUGAUGCUGAGGCAAGAGUGGAGGCAAGAAAGACUUACCUGGGUCUUAGAAGUCACUUUCCUGGAGAAGCAGAGGCCCUGUACAAUAACCUUGAGCCAUCCUAUCAAAGAAGUCUCCAGACUUACUUGAAGAAUUCUGGCAGUAUAGCAUCUCUCCCUCAGUCAGACAGGUCAUCUUCAAGUUCACAGGAGAGUCUCAAUCGUCCUUUAUCUUCUAAAUGGUCCACAGCCAGCCCAGCAAGUAUAGCUGGCAGAGUUUCAGGAAGUAGCAGCAAGACUGCUCCAAGUCCAGGAACACUGCAGAGGUCCCGCAGUGACAUUGAUGUUAAUGCUGCUGCAGGUGCAAAGGCACGCCAUGCUGCUGGACAGCCAACAGGAGCUGGGCGCUUGUCUGCUGCUGGUCUACCUCCUGGAUCCUAUGCUUCACUAGAGGAUACUUCUGACAAGAUGGAUGGAACAGCUUCUGAAGAUGGUCGUAUACGAACAAAGCUUUCAACACCGUCUGUUGGAAUUGGAAAUUCAAAGACAGAUUCUAGAGGACGUAGUCGAACGAAAGUGGUCUCUCAAUCUCAGCCUGGUAGUCGAUCUGGAUCUCCUGGAAGAGUUUUGACUACAACUGCACUUUCAACUAUGAACACAGGGGUUCAGAGAAUAUUAGUCAAUCCAGCAACAGCACAAAAACGGAGCAAGAUCCCACGAAGCCAAGGAUGCAGUAGAGAAGCAAGUCCUUCUAGAUUGUCAGUAGCACGAGGCAGCCGCAUUCCUCGACCUAGUGUGAGUCAGGGGUGCAGUCGGGAGGCCAGCCGUGAAAGUAGCAGGGACACAAGCCCUGUCCGCUCUUUUCCACCCCUUGCUUCCAGGCAUCACUCCAGAUCUACUGGUGCCCUCUACACCCCAGAAGUAUAUGGGGCUACAGGUACAGGGUUUGGGAUCAGUCAGUCAAGUAGAUUGUCAUCAUCAGUUAGUGCUAUGAGAGUUCUGAACACAGGUUCUGAUGUAGAAGAAGCAGUAGCAGAUGCAUUGAAAAAGCCUGUACGAAGGAGGUACGAGUCGUAUGGAAUGUACUCUGAUGAUGAUGCCAACAGUGAUGCAUCCAGUGCCUGUUCAGAAAGAUCGUACAGCUCUCGCAAUGGCAGCAUACCUACAUAUAUGCGGCAGACAGAAGAUGUGGCAGAGGUCCUCAAUCGCUGUGCUAGCUCCAACUGGUCAGAAAGAAAAGAAGGUCUUCUAGGUCUACAGAAUUUAUUAAAAAAUCAGAGGACUUUAAGUCGCGUUGAAUUGAAAAGAUUGUGUGAAAUCUUCACAAGGAUGUUUGCUGACCCUCAUAGCAAGAGAGUGUUCAGCAUGUUUUUGGAGACCUUGGUCGACUUCAUCCAGGUCCAUAAAGAAGAUCUACAGGAUUGGCUGUUUGUGUUGUUGACACAGCUGUUGAAGAAAAUGGGUGCUGAUUUGCUUGGGUCUGUGCAAGCAAAAGUUCAAAAGGCACUUGAUGUCACAAGGGAAUCUUUUCCAAAUGAUCUCCAAUUCAGUAUUUUAAUGAGAUUCACUGUUGACCAGACCCAGACGCCCAGCUUGAAGGUUAAAGUUGCAAUUCUUAAAUACAUAGAGACUCUUGCACAGCAGAUGGACCCAGGGGAUUUCGUAAAUUCAAGUGAAACUAGGCUGGCGGUAUCUCGGAUCAUCACCUGGACAACAGAACCGAAAAGUUCAGAUGUUAGGAAGGCUGCACAGUCAGUGCUGAUUGCCCUAUUUGAACUAAAUACCCCAGAGUUCACAAUGUUACUGGGUGCUUUACCAAAAACAUUUCAGGAUGGAGCAACAAAGCUUCUCCACAACCAUCUCCGGAAUACGGGCAAUGGUGGUCAGGGGUCAAUGGGAAGUCCUUUAACAAGACCUACGCCACGUUCACCAGCCAGUUGGUCCAGUCCUCUCACUUCCCCAACUAAUACAUCACAGAAUACUUUGUCACCAAGUGCAUUCGAUUAUGACACGGAAAACAUGAAUUCUGAAGAUAUUUAUAGUUCUCUUCGUGGCGUCACUGAAGCAAUUCAGAACUUCAGUUUCCGUAGUCAGGAAGAUAUGAAUGAGCCUGUGAAACGGGAUUCCAAAAAGGACGAUGGUGAUUCAAUUUGCAGUGGCUCUGGAAUAGCGGAUCUGAGAGCAGGAGGUGGAGCAAUUGAUACAGGCCGAACAGCUCUUGAUAACAAAACAUCAUUACUUAACACAAUGCCUCCCCACUCUUCUCCACGUUCACGAGAUUAUAACCCGUACAAUUACUCGGAUAGUAUCAGUUCUUUUAACAAAUCUGCUUUGAAAGAAGCUAUGUUUGAUGAUGAUGCAGAGCAAUUUCCUGAAGAGCCCCCUAUGGACCAUUCUGAUCUGGUUGCAGAGUUACUGAAGGAAUUGUCAAACCAUAAUGAGAGAGUUGAAGAAAGAAAGGCUGCUUUGUAUGAGCUUAUGAAAUUGACUCAAGAAGAGUCCUUUGGUGUUUGGGAUGAGCACUUCAAAACGAUACUACUUCUGUUACUUGAAACUCUUGGGGACAAAGAGCAUGCAAUCAGAGCUUUGGCAUUGAAAGUUUUAAGAGAAAUUCUAAGGAACCAACCAGCAAGAUUUAAAAAUUAUGCGGAGCUUACAAUUAUGAAGACACUAGAAGCUCAUAAGGAUCCUCAUAAGGAGGUGGUGAGAUCUGCUGAAGAAGCUGCUUCAAUGCUGGCCACUUCCAUUAGCCCAGAUCAGUGCAUCAAAGUACUUUGUCCCAUUAUCCAAACUGCAGAUUACCCCAUUAAUCUGGCUGCAAUCAAAAUGCAGACAAAAGUGAUAGAGAGAGUAUCUAAAGAAACGCUUGCUCAGCUUUUACCAGAGAUUGUGCCAGGUCUAAUACAGGGUUAUGAUAAUUCAGAGAGCAGUGUUCGUAAGGCUUGUGUUUUCUGCCUUGUAGCCAUUCAUGCAGUAAUUGGCGAUGAACUAAAACCACAUCUCAGUCAACUCACAGGCAGCAAAAUGAAAUUAUUGAACCUUUACAUCAAACGUGCACAAACAGGCUCUGGAGCAGGUGACACAGCAGCAGAUGUAUCUGGACAAAGCUAAUGAAACUGACGACAGUGAACCAGGUCUUCUAAAGAAAGGACAGGCACUCUGAUAUCAGUGAAAGGAAAAUUCUCUCACACACCUUUGGAACUUUUUUUU